AUGUCGCAUAACACUGGCCCCUUUCCCGGGCAGUCGAACGCCGCACUGCCUAAUAUGGCACGCGGCACCUUCCCGAACCAGCAUGCCGUUCAACCCCCUUCUCAGCACCCGGGACCCCUCAACUCGCACCCACCGUUCCGGGCAAGAGCUCCUUCUUUUUAUGGUCAGGCUGCUCCGGGCCAAGGUGCCGGAACCGGGGCCCACUCUGGACCACCCCCGAUGGUCAACGGCAACGUCCACGGUAGCAUCAACGGGAAUAUGGUCAUGGGCGACGAUUCUUGGAUUCCGUCUGCUCACCAGGUUAUUUCCAAUGCUCUGCGAUCCAGUGGACUUGUCAACGUCCAGAACCACAGCAUGGUACGCCCACCUGUGCCCGUGGUCAUUGCCCCUGGCCUAGGGUUUGGUCUUCAGAACCAUGUUCUGGCUCCCCCUAACAGCCCCGCGGAGGGAUUUGCUCAGCUGGCCACUGCUGCCAACACCUACGGUCCUGGAGCUUCGGCCCCUCAGGUGAACGGAGUUGAACCUGGCCCACCUACUGGUCUUCUGUCUCCACCUCAUAGACACUCGGAGAUGACCCUCUAUACUGGAGUCCCUAACAACGGUGGACAUAUUAACCAUGGUCACUCCAACAGUGGUCAUUCCGAUCUUGGACUUCCUAAUGCUGGAAUGCUCAAUGGCGGAACGCCCAACGGUGUGCUCCCUGUCAACGGAGUUCCAAACAAUGGUUUCACCAACAACGGACUUGCUCAUCCUUCAUUUGCUAACACGGGACUUCCCAACGGAGUGCCUUCGAUCAAUGGUCUUCUCGCCAACGGGGUUGUUCCCAAUGCUGGUUUCCCCAAUGCUGGUCCUCCCAACGUUGGGUUUCCUAACAACGGAGUCGCCAACAAUGGACUUACCAACGGCAGACUUCCCAAUGGUCUGUCUGUCCCUAUGGGCAGACUCCCUCAGAGCCAGUCGUACACUGCUGGUCUCACUCAGAGCAACUCCCAGAACUCUGGUCUCUCGCUCAUGAGCCCUGGCGAUACUCCUCACGAGAUUACCGCUCCUCGCGCUCGAGUUCCUUUCUCCAGCCCUCUUGCUAACGGGCGUCUGACUGAGCCUCGCAACUACGCUCCUCGCACUUCGGGUCAGCCUGUUGAACGUCUGCCCCCUCCUCGCUUCAACCUAAAUUUAGAGUCGAUUCCGGCUGUGUCCGAGAAUAUUCCUCAGGAGACGCCCCAGGAUCCAUUUGGAACCCCUGCUCCUUCUGAUGCUACCUCUCUGAUCCCGUUUCCCAACUUGCCACCUCCUACCGUUCAGAUGGCGAUGUUGGACAGUGCGCAGCUGGACCGGGCCAUGGAGAUGGCUCUCAUCAAGGCCAACGCUCCCAAGUCGGAUAAGCUUCACCAGUUGACGGGCACGUACACGGGCUUUCCCAGUCUUCAGAUGGCUCUUAACGUGAACUUCUUCCCCUUCAUCGAUGGUCCUAGCUCAGCUAAGCCGGUCACCUACGGUGUCAUCCGCCUGAAGAACAUUCCAUUCUCUACCAAGCGUGCAGAGGUCGUGGCUUUCAUCGGCCGCAAUAGCAAGAUGCUCAAUGAUGCCGACGAGCCGGUGCACAUCAUCAUGGACCGCGCCACGUCCAAGACCAUGGACGCAUUUGUCGAGUUCCAGACCAUGGAGGACGCAAUCCGCUGUGCUGAGCGCCACCACCAGUUUGCUCAGACCGGACGUGUCAGCCGUCUUGGUGAUCGUCCUAUCGAAGUCGAGCUGUCUAGCCAGGCCGCUCUCAUGAGAGAGCUCUACCCUCUCGCUCGUGGCGUUUUCUGGGAUGGUGCUACUCCCAACAUUUUGCCUCCUUGCGCUCGUGAGCCCUGGGGCAACUUCAAGGGUUUCAUUUCUUGCGAGGAAAUGGUUAUGCUUGUCAAGCAUGUCGAGGUUCCACACCGAUCCCCUUUCUCCAAGGAGUGCCCCCAGCGCCCCUACGAGUGCCUCAUCAGCACUCUUGGCAAGUUCCCCUGGUUCGCCACUGACUUUAUCACCGUCGCGCAGCGUGGUGCCAUGUACAAGGCCAGCUUCAAGCUGAUCCGUCUGCUUCUCGGAGCCGUUUCUCGAAACGAUGACCCAGUCAACCUCAACCAUCAGCUUUUCAGACGUGUUGUUGCCUCGGUCAUGAAAUGCAAGGGGUUCACCAUUCUUCAGAAGGACAACAUUGCGUUCCUGGUCCAGAUGAGCCAGGCAGAGAUGCGCAUGUAUCACCAACCUGAGAAUGCCAGCUCUUGGGUUCACCAGUACUCUGUUACGGCCAAGCCUGGCGUCCCUCAGGAUGUUCUUGAUUGGUACAUCCGAAUCAUUCGCGAGCAGUCGACUCGAGAUGUCCUUGUUCGCCCUAUUUCUGAACGCACCGCGAUUCAGGAAACCCUCAAGGAAACGGAUGAGUACUGGGGAUACUUCUUCCAGGAGGUGGGGUAUGCCCAAGGUCCGGAGUUUGACCACAUGACCCUCAAGCAGUGUGCCUUUAUGGAGUUCUCUGCCAUUGAGCGUCUUCUCACUCGAGCCCUUGGCCGUUACUAA